AUGGAGCCGGUGUCGCUGCAGGACUUCGUUUGCGCCCUGGACCUCGCCUCCCUCCCGCGUGUGCUGCGGGUCUGCUCGGGGGUCUACUUCCAGGGCUCCAUCUACGAGAUCUGUGGGAAUGAGUGCUGCCUCUCCACAGGGGACCUGAUCAAGGUCACUCAGGUUUGCCUCCAGAAGGUGGUCUGCAAGAACCCAGGAACGGGCCAGACCAUGGAAAUUGCCCCCAACUUCUCUGGCCACUUCAGCCCCCUCACCGGCCCUCAGAGCUACACAACCUUGGAGGAGUUGCUCUCCGCUGCAACCCAGCGCUCCAGGAAGCUGCCCAUUGGCUUCAUGUCGACACACAGAAUCACCACAGAGUCCAGGGUGGUGCCCAGGGACCAGCCCCUCCUGCUUGAGGAUGUGGAAGCAUACCAUGGGACCUACUGUGCCCGCUGUGUGCUAGACACCAAAACCCAGCAGUUCAUUCUACACCUGCCCCUCUCCCAGAAGGGGCCCUUCUGGGAGUGGCAGCCUGGCGCCCCUCAGCCCCUGCUCCAGGCCCUGCAAGACCCAGCCCUGAGCAACCGCCUCUUCACCUGCCCCGCCCUCCCCUGGCGGUCCCUGGUCCUGAGGCCCCAGUAUGAGCUCCAAGCCAUCAUGCACAUGCGCAGGACCAUUGUCAAGAUCCCCUCCACCCUGGAGGUCGACGUGGAAGAUGUCACUGCCUCCUCUCAACACAUCCACUUCAUCCAACCACUGCUGCUGAGUGAGAUCCUGGCCCGGGGAGGCCCCUUCCCUCUGCCCACGGAGAUCCUGGAAACUCCGGGGGGGCCCCCCAUCUUCGUCGGCCCGUGGGUAGGCUCCUUACAGAAAGGCCAGCGGCUCUGCAUCCAUGGCCUGGCCUCACCACCCUGGCGGAUCCUGGUCUCAACCAAGGGCCGGAAGGUGCCCAGACACUUCAUGGUCUCUGGGGCUUAUCAGGGCAAGCUGCGGCGGCGGCCGAGAGAGUUCCUCACGGCCUGUGACCUCCUGGGUGCUCUCCAGCCGGGCCAACCGCUCCGGGUCGUGGCCACAAAGGACUGUGAGGGCGAAGGGGUAGAGAGCCCCGGGUUCACCUCCCUGGCUGUGGGCGACAGGCUGGAGGUGUUGAGGUCUGGCCAGGCCCAUGGGGCUGAAGGCCAGGACAUAGAUGUCUUGGUGUGUCAGCGGCUGAGUGACCAGGCUGAGGAGGAGGCGGAGGAAGAGUAUGAAGAGGUAGAAGAUGAAGACCAGAUUCUGCUGCCCCUCUACUUCUCCAGUAGUUUUGUGGAGGAGAUGAGUGAUAACCGGCGCUACAGCCUGGAAGAUCUGAUGGCCCAGUUUUCACUGCCCUGCGAAGUCAAGGUGGUGGCCAAGGAGAGCAGCCAUCCUGCUGACCCUCUGCCCUCCUUCCCAGGCCUGCGGCUGGAGGAGAAAAUCAUGGAACCCUUCUUGGUGGUCAGCCUCGACUCCAACCCUAAGAUGUGCUUCGAGAUCCCUCCCCGGUGGCUGGACCUGACCGUUGUGGAGACCAAGGGGCAGCCUGGCCAGCCAGCUGGGCGCCCCCCGGUAGCCACAGUAGAGGAGGUGACAGAUGCCUUCUACUACACCCUCCGGCGGUUACCAGCCUUCGAGAAACAACCCCCUCCUCCUAGGCCCCCCAAAAGUCGGGGCCUCCGUGGGCAGAAGAAACAAAGUGGCAAGGACAAAAGUGCCCAGUAUUCUCAAGUCUCAGAACGGCAGCAAGCCCCUCUGCUCCCCAAACCCAAGAUGAAGACCCUGCCACAGAGUGCCAAGGACAGCUCAAAUACAUACAGCAAGAUUUCUGCCCGCAUGAAGGGCCUCAGGUACACUACUAAGUCCAUCACAGAAGAUCCAGAUAAUGAUGAACAUGAUUAUGAAGAAAUACUUGAGAAAUUUCGGAAUACCCUUUAG